GUGAAUGCUAGGCCACGUGUGCAAAAUUCAGAACAGAGAUCACAUCGACUGAUUGUUAUGCGACAUGCCGAGAGAGCUGAUGAUCUAUUUCCAAACUGGGUGCAGAGAUCCACUCUAACGAGUUCGUAUAGAGCUUUUGAUCUGAAUAUGCCUUUCGUACUUCCAUCAUUGAGACGACCACUAUUACAUUAUGGAAAUGACACGGUGAUUACGGAAAUGGGUUCCUUUCUGGCGCAAAUGGUGGGAACAGGGUUGUUAACAAAUAAAACUCCACCAGAAGUUGUUUACUCAUCCCCAGCUUUGCGUUGCAUUCAAACAGCACAUUCGGUUCUGAAAGCAACAAACCAAGUAAAUGAGAUUAAGAUCCGUAUUGAACCAGCACUGUUUGAGUUUACGGCAUUAUACCCAGUCAACAAGCCAAAAUUCGCAGAACUUCAUGAUCUUCUAGAAGCUGGCUACAACAUUGAUUUGAGUUAUCAGCCAAUACUAUCCAUAAAUGAACUAUUGAGUACUGACGAAAUAGCUGAAACGUACAGCAGACGUGUACAGGAUGUGUAUUCGAAAAUUUGCAAUCUAUGCGAAUCUGAACGGACUGAUGGUGAUACGAUCUUGGCUGUUGGACACGCAUCCACCGUAGAUUUGGCUGUAGGAGCAUUUCUGCAACCACCACGUACAAACCUACCUCACGAGAUGAUAAACAACAAUAAAAAACUUCCAUAUUGCUGUACAGCAGUAAUCGACCGAAGACCUGAUGGCCAAUGGUGGUACAAUGUAGACGCCCUUUCAUGCGUAACUUAUUCCAAUUUUACUUCAAAAAUUAAUCAUGACUUCAUUACACGGAAGCGUCUUAUAACAUGA